UGGUCUCAUACCGGAAGUGCAUCUCCACCCACCCACCAACCCACCUCUCCUGUAGGGAAGCUGCUUCUGUCUCCCCCAAGCGCUGCAUCGGUGGCCCCACCUGGGAUCUGGGCUUGGUUGUACCUUGAAUCAGGGCAGCUUUUGCCUUGAAAAGGCAGAUUGGAAGAAGAGGGGAGAGCCAGAGGAUUCCUUGGAGCACAGACCCAACAUGGAUGGACAAGCCACAGCUGGCCUUGACACCACCCGGGUUGGGAGGAGUGAGGGAUUCUGGGAAAGAACCGUGCAGAAUAUCCUGGGUGCGGAGGACGCCCUCAGCUCAGACGCUCAGCGCCAACGUUUCAGGCAGUUCCACUACCAGGAGGCCGAGGGGCCCCGAGACGUUUGCAACCUGCUUCAUGACUUUUGCCGUCGGUGGCUGAAGCCACAGCUUCACUCUAAGACUCAGAUCCUGGACCUGGUGAUCCUGGAGCAGUUCUUGGCUGUCCUCCCCCCGGAGAUGGAGAGCUGGGUGAGGGAAUGUGGAGCAGAGACCUGUUCUCAGGCGGUGGCCCUGGCUGAAGGUUUCCUCCUGAGCCGAGCAGAGGACAAGAAGCAGAAAGAGCCGCAGGGUCUGUUAACAGAAGUCGCCACUGAUUUCCUUGAUGCUGUGAAGGCUCCAGAGAACAUCAGAGAGAUUCCCCUGCAAAGGUGGAAGGUGCCGGAGGAGAAGGAGGGAGGCGCCAUCUUGCUGGGCGAUGGAAUGAUGCCAGCGAGACAUAAUCAUCCAUUUCUUUCUGGUGGAAGGGAAGCGGUUGCUGUGGCAACUGACCAGGACCCAGCAUCGUUUGAGGAUGUGGCUGUGUGUUUCACGGCAGAGGAGUGGGUUCUGCUGGAUCCUGACCAAAGAGCUCUACACAAAGAAGUCAUGGAGGAGAACUGUGGGAUCGUGGCCUCUCUCAGUAAAACACGCGGACAGGACCUUCAUCAUAGUUCUGAUCUUGCUACACAUCAAAGCAUUCAUAUUGGGGAGAAACCUUAUCAGUGCCUGGAGUGUGGAAAGAGUUUCCAUCCGAACAGGACUUCACAUCAGAUAAUUCACACAGGGGAGGAGCCAUAUCGGUGCUUAGAGUGUGAAAAGGCUUUUCAUGAGAACAAAAGUUUCACUUAUCAAACUCAUCAGAAAAUUCACACAGUGGAGAAAAUCUAUACACCCUUGGAGUGUGUGAAGAGCUUUGGACAAAACAGAACUCUCACUAAUCAUCAGAGAAUUCACAGAGAAGAGAAACCCUAUCAGUGCUUGGAGUGUGGAAAGUUCUUCAGCAGCAGGACGAAGCUCACUGAUCAUCAGAGAACUCACACAGGGGAGAAGCCAUAUCAAUGCUUAGUGUGUGGAAUGAGCUUCACUCAGAAGAGGAAUCUCACCUGUCACCAGACAAUUCACACAGGGGAGAAACCAUAUCAGUGCCUGGAGUGCGGAAAGAGCUUCAGGCAGAAUUUAACUCUUACUUACCACCAAAGAAUUCACACCGGGGAGAAACCGUACGAAUGCUUGGAGUGCAGAAAGAGCUUCAUUCGGAAGUGCGAUCUCACUUAUCACCAAAGAACUCACUCCGGGGAGAAACCACAUAAAUGCCUGGAGUGUGGAAAGAGCUUCAUGCAAAAGACGAGCCUCACUUCUCAUCAAAAAAUUCAUACCGGAGACAAACCAUAUAAAUGCUCAGAGUGCGGGAAGGGUUUCUGCCUGAACAAAGACCUCAUUCGCCAUCAGAGAGUUCACACAGGGGAGAAACCGUACAAAUGCCUGGAAUGUGGGAAGUGCUUCACACAGAAGACGAUUCUUACUGCUCAUCAGAGAGUUCAUACCGGGGAGAAACCGUAUCAGUGCUUAGAAUGUGGAAAGGGCUUCACACAAAAGGCAAAUCUCACCUAUCAUCAAGGAAUUCACACAGGGGAGAAACCGUAUCAGUGUUUGGUGUGUGGAAAGUGCUUCUGUCUGAGCAGGGACCUCACUUCUCAUCAAAGAAUUCACACGCAGGAGAAACCAUACCAGUGCAAUGUGGGAACGGCUUCGAUACAAGGGCAUACCUCCAUUGUCAUGAAAGAAUUCACUCAGGGGCAAAAACAUAUUAGUACCUGGAGUGUGGAAAGAGCUUCAGAUAGACUAUGGUCAGCACAGUCUUUGAAGAAGAAGGGAGAUUCAGAAUAUUCUUUGGAGCCCAGAUCAGUGAUGGACAAGCAAGACUUAGCUGGACCUACAAGAAGAAGGGUGUCCGAUGACUUCAACAUUGGGAACAGUGGAGAAUUUUUGGAAAGAAGCAUGCAGGAGAUUCCGGGCGAGGAGGACGCCCUCAGCUCAGAUGUUCAGCGCCAGAAGUUCAGGCAUUUCUGCUACCAGGAGGCUGAGGGACCCCGAGAGGUUUGCAACCGGCUCCACCGCCUUUGCCGUGAGUGGCUGAAUCCAGAUCGACACACGAAAAAUCAGAUCCUGGACCUGGUGAUCUUGGAGCAGUUCCUGGCUGUCCUCCCCCCGGAGAUGGAGAACUGGGUCAGGGAAUGUGGAGCGGAGACCAGUUCCCAGGCGGUGGCCCUGGCCGAAGGUUUCCUCCUGAGCCGGGCAGAGGAGAAGAAGCAGGAAGAGCAGCAGGGCCUGUUUGCAGAAGGGGCCGCUGGUUUCCCUGAGGCAGAGAAGACGCCUUUGGACGCCAGAGGGAGGCCCCUGAGAUGGAUGGUCGUGCAGGAGGGGGAACAAGGUGCCGCCAUACCGGGUGAUGGAAUGAUGCUGGCAGGACCAUCUCAGCUGCAUCUUCCUUCUGGCAGAGGGGAAGCAGUUGCCAUGGCAACAGAUCAGGGUCCCGUGUCCUUCCAGGAUGUGGCUGUGUUUUUCACGGAGGAGGAAUGGGCCCUGCUGGAUCCUGACCAGAGAGGGCUGCACAAGGAAGUCAUGGAGGAAAACUGUAAGGUCGUCGUCUCCCUUGCAGGUGGAAAGGGUUUUCAGCCUGGUUCCAGCCCCACCAUGCCUCAAAGGACGCCUGCAAAUGACAAACCAUACCAGUGCCAGGAAUGUGGAAAGAGCUUCGCUCACAAGUGGGUUCUCACUAAUCAUCAAAGAAUUCACACAGGGGAGAAACCAUACAAAUGCUUGGAGUGUGGAAAGUGCUUCACUCGGAAGGUGAACCUCAUCCCUCAUCAGAGAAUCCACACAGGGGAGAAACCAUACCAGUGCUUGGAAUGUGGAAAGACCUUCAGGCAGAAGAGAUAUCUCACUUCACAUCAAACCAUUCACACAGGACAGAAAUUAUUUCAGUGCUUAGAGUGCGGAAAGAGCUUCAGGCACAAUAUAACUCUAACGAAUCAUCAAAAAUUUCACAAGGGAGAGACGCCGUAUCAAUGCUUAGAGUGCGGAAAGAGCUUCAUCAGUAUUUCUCACCUUACGUCCCACCAAACACUUCACACAGGGGAAACGUAUCAGUGCCCUGAGUGCAAGAAACGCUUCACUCAGAAGAGUCACCUGACCUCUCACCAAACAAUUCACACAGGGGAGACGCCAUAUAAAUGUUCGGAGUGUGGGAAGUCCUUCCGUCUCAGCAGAUACCUCACUUCUCACCAGAGAAUCCACACAGGGGAGAAACCGUAUCGGUGCUCAGAGUGUGGAAAGAGCUUUGGUGAAAAGAAAACUUUAGCUUCUCAUCAAAAGAAUUCACACCCUGGGGAAACUGUGUAAUUGAUUAGAGAGUGGAAAAUACUUCUGUCUGAACAGUAAUAUCAUCAUUUGUAGACUGUCACCGUUGGAGAUGCGAUAAAAAGUUAUUUACAAAAACAACAACCCAAAAACCAAUGAUCUCAUCAAGUAAUUCACCAGGCAGAAUCCAUAUCAACAUCACCUCAGCAUUACUGCACACCUUCAACGUCAUCGAAGAAUCUACGCAGGGAAGAGACCAAUCCUUUGGACAUGGAUAGCGCUUUAUCCAGAAGAUGCACCUCACUCUUCUGCACUCAGGAAAAACUGUAGAACGAGAUUCUAUCACUCACUGUAGAAAUGAACGCCAGGCAGGGAGUCAUAUUGAUGUGCUGACAACAAAGAAACCUGUUUUUAAAAAAUUGAUUUCCACUUGCUUUAGUAAAAUAGAGAGAAAUUAUGGUCUAUAGGUAA